AUGAUCUCCUUAAAACGCUUGCGGUAUUUUGUCCGGCCGAUACAGAUUUUUGGUUUGAUACUGGUGUUUUACACUAGUUCCUUGGCUACUCAACAAGUAGCUCCCUAUCAGGUUCCCUUAACCCUUUCACCACAGGCUCAACCAAAGAAGGUAGGGAUAAUAGGCGCUGGUGCGGGGGGAACUUCAGCCGCCUACUAUCUAGCCAAAUCCUACGCCAAUAUCUCCAAGCCCAUUGACAUCACCAUCUACGAAAAAGAGCCACAGGUUGGCGGGCGAACAUGUAUAGUAUAUUUUGAGCGAAACAACACAAGGAUUCCAUUCGAAUUGGGAGCAUCGAUCUUCAUAGAUAGGAAUUACCAUAUGUUUAAUGCCGCUAAGAGAUUUGGAUUGGAGCUUGUGAAGUACGGAGAGGAGUACCCUGGUUCAAGGAGUGCAAUAUGGGACGGGGAGGGUUUUGUAUUCGAGCAGUCAUCAAGUUCUUACUGGGAUCGAGCAAAAAUAAUCUGGAAAUACGGAUGGGCUCCUGUGAAAGUUCAACGAAUGGUGAAUUCGAUUAUCGAGAAAUACCUAAAGGGAUAUGAAUUUUCAGAACCAUUUCAUAGCAUUGACUCCGAAAUCAACCGACUUCACCUGGAUGUCGAAAUGCAAUACAAUGCCCAAUAUUACUUUUCGGAACUGAAAAACAUUAAUCCACUUUAUUUGCAAAACUUUGUGGAACCAAUGACCAGGGUGAAUUAUGGACAAAAUCUGGGAGAAAUACAUACGAUGGGAGCGUUUAUCAGUUUGGCGCCACAGGGCGCCAAAGGUGUUCUAGGGGGGAAUCAUCAGAUCUUCGAGAACUUUGCUAAACACUCGGAAGCGGAUGUAAAGUUGAAUACAGAGGUUGUGAAAAUUUCCAAGGUAGUCAGCACGGAAUAUGAUGAGGAGGUGAUGAAGUAUGAAGUGACGACGAAAAAUGGGAAGGUGGAUACUUUUGAUGCGAUCGUUUUGGCAGCACCCAUUCAAUUUUCUCAAAUUCAAUUCGAGAAUAUAGACGUAGAAAUGAAAGAAAUCCCAUAUGUCACCCUCUAUGUGACACUCUUAGCAGGUCGCGUGAAUCCUGCUUAUUUCGGCUACGAGAAGGUCGAAGAAGUUCCUCAAAAUAUCGUCACCACUAACAGCGGAAAAACCGAAUUUCUAAGUUUGGGUACCAAACUCAUUCUGGAAAAUGGUGAAACCCUACAUAAGAUUUUUUCACAUCAGGAGAUGAGUGAUGAGGUAUUAGACAAGAUGUUCACGGAAAGAUCGUGGAUUUUUAGAAAGGUUUGGAAAGCGUAUCCACGACUGAUACCGAAUCAGUCCUUCCCCAAGGUGGAGCUAGAUAAGAACUUUUUUUAUGUGAAUAGCUACGAACCGUUGAUCUCGUGCAUGGAAACCGAAUGUGUUUCUGGAAAUAAUGUUGCUAAACUUUUGGUACAACGAUGGGCUAACGAUCCAUGA